AUGGUUCUACUAGGUUCUAUAGGACUUAAAUUCAAGUUAGGUAUAGGAAUCGUUUCCAUAUAUGCCUCAUUAGAAGCAUACUUGUUUAUACGGACCAAAUAUGUAAUCAAAUCUCGAAAGGAUGAGUAUCAAAAAUUGCUCAAACAGCAACAACAACAGUCACAGUCACAACAGUCACAACAGUCACAACUCCCCCAUGGUCAACUUGCUAAUCUAGACUAUUCCAAAUUCAAAUCUGCAACUGUUGCAGGAAUGUUUAUCAACCCAUUUGAUGAAUAUAGACCACAAACUGCAUUUGAAUUCAUACUUGUACGAAUAAUGGAAUUAUUUGAACUGUUGUAUGGAAACACAUUUGAAAAACAUGCUAAAUUGCCUCAUCCUCAUGAUGGCGCAGUUGAAGUUGAAGAUGAAUUAAAGUUGUUUAAACCUGAUUUGGAGAGGUAUAAAGCCAAUUCGCAGGUUUUACAACAAUGUAUCCAGAAUAGUGACUUCAAAGAAUUGUAUCAGAAGCAAAGUAGUGGGUUGUUUUUCAAAUCUGGUCUACCCUCGAUUAAUCAACAAUUGUUGUUUACUUGGCUAGGUCAAUCAUGUACGUUAUUUCAAAUAUCAGGAAUCAAUUUCUUGACUGAUCCGAUUCUAAGUGAUCAUUUGAUAACACCUUCCUUCGGACCAAAAAGAUUAACAAAAUCACCCUUAUCUUUUGAAGAUAUCAAACAUGCCACUAAUAAUAAUCUUGAUUUCAUAUUGGUGUCACAUGAUCAUCCUGAUCAUUUAGAAAUGGAUCUUGUUGAUAAAAUACGAAAUGAAAGUUGUUGGAUUGUACCAUUGGGGUUGAAAAGUAAAUUAGCUCGAAGGGGGGUACAUAAAGUAAUAGAACUAGAUUGGUGGGAUACGUUAGAUAUAACAAAAUAUAUCACCCGGCAUGAGGACAACAACUCCAAUUUCCCAGAUAAAUAUGAAAUUGAAUGUGUUCCAUCCAUGCAUUGGUCAGGAAGAUAUGUUGUUGACUCAAAUAAAUCAUUAUGGUGUUCCUACAUUGUAAAACGUAAUGGACAAUCAAUAGUGUAUCAUGCUGGAGAUACAGGAUACCUGAAGGAGUUAUUCGACAUUAUUGGUUCCCAAAAUGGACCUGUUACAUUGGCCCUUUUACCAAUUGGCCAAUAUUGUCCUAGUUGGCAUCAAAAACCACGGCAUAUCUCUCCAGAAGAAGCAUUGCGAGUAUCACAACAAAUAUCAGCUACUUUCAUGAAGGGAAUACAUUGGGGAACAUUCAAACUUAGUGGUGAACCAAUUUUAGAACCAAAGAAUUUAUUAACUAAGUUAGCAACUUCAAUGGGGAAAGCUAAUGAGUAUAAAGUACCUCAAUUUGGAUUAACUUAUUUAUUGGAUUUAGAACAUAAUAAAGAAAUAGACUUACAUGUAUAG